AUGUUCAGGAUUCAGUCGUCGCUACGGGCAAUGGGACCUACAUUGCUAGGCUCAGCCAGACCUAGCGUCGUAGGUUGCAACAAUGCCAACGUCAAAGCUACCGCUAAUCUUGUUCUAUCUAGAGGCAAGAGAACCAAAGCCAGAGCUUUGGCUCCUGGUGCCCAACGUAUUAUCAACAUGUUGAGUGUGUUCUCAGCACACAAAAAGCAGCCAAGAAGAAUCAAACUAGCCAUGGAAGAUUUGAUUCGACACAACGUUGUACAAAAGGCGUGGUCGAUCUUCAUGAGAGACAAGAAGUUAAUACGAACUGAGAGACUCAAGAGUCAAUACAAGAAAAUUGAGGAGGCUGCUGAGGAACUGAAAUCUCUGAAUGGCUACCUACAUUUUGAAGCAACUAAAAGAGAGCUUGGCAAGAGAUUCAGCCCAGAAAUGAGAAUCCCUACCGAGACACCUCCUAAUGAAAUCUGGCAUGAAGACUGGAAAGUUACUGAUAUUUACGCCAAGAAGCGUUAG